CAUCGUCUUGCUCUGUUGCUGUCACAGGCUGUGGGCUCUCAGUUUUGUAGAGAUCUAUUGGCUCUGCAGCUCAGUGAUUGGAACAGCAUGCAGACGGACUCCUUCAUAGAGGAGGAAAGGCUGCGAAUCUUUGCUUUGCUUGCAGGCAAACCAGUGUGGCAGUCAUCAGACAGCUGUAUAAAUGUGUGCUCUGAGCUCGAUUGGAAGCGGUGUGUUGCUGUUCAUCUCUGGUACAUGCUGCCUCCUACUGCAUCUGUAGCUGAUGCCCUCUCCAAAUACGAAUCUGCAUUUCAGGGUUCAGAGGAAGUGAAAAGGUAUGCUUGCCCUCCUUUACCUCCUUACAUAGAUGAAGUCGAGUUGUUGGGUUUGGAUGAAGAGAUGAAUGAGACGGAUUCCAAAAAGCCGCUCUAUGACAUCUGCUUCCACCUGCUCAAACUUUAUAGUGACAGGCACUACAGCUUACAACAGCUACUUGAUCCCAGCACAGUAACUGCUAAUCAUCUGGACUACCGGCUGAGCUGGCACCUGUGGAACGUGUUUCAAGCUCUUAACUACAACCACCUGUCCACCUCAUGCCAGGGCUUGCUUCAUGCCAGCUAUGCUGCCCAGCUGGAGAGUGCGGGAUUAUGGGAGAUGGCUAUCUUCGUGCUGCUGCACAUACCUGACUCUGGGCGUAGAGAGAGUGCAGUGAGAGAGAUGCUCAACUUGCAUUGCUCCCUUGAAGAGACAGAAGAGUCAAUGGAGAAAGAGCAGUCUCUCACAGAAAAGCUGCUGAUCCCUAUCCAGUGGAUCCAUCAGGCCAAGGCCAUUCGUGCUUGUAGAGAGGGAGACAAACGUAGUGAGGCUUUGCACCUUUACAAGGCCGGCCAUUGGAAUCACUGCCAUCGGCUGGUCAUCCAGCACCUGGCCUCAGGUUUGAAUAAGCCAAAAGCACACAAACACACUUUUAAUGCCUCUUAA